AUGGGAGGAAGACGAAGAGUAUCGUUCAGGGUUCUGCAGCGGCUUGUCACCCCAUUUCUUCCCUUCAUUCCAGAAGUUCAAGAGCCAGAGAUGAGAGUUCCUUUAAGAGAGAAGCUCAUCAACACGGCCAUGGCGGUUCUGAUCUAUCUUCUUUGCAGCCGGCUUCCUCUCUACGGCAUCCAGUCCGUAAUGGCCGCUGACCCAUUAUACUGGUUACGUGCUAUUCUCGCUUCGACUCGUGGGACCGUCAUGGAACUCGGCGUCGCCCCCAUCGCAUCAUCUAGACUUGCCAUGCAGUUCUUUCUCUGUGCAAACAUCAUCAAGAUCGACAGCCGUGUGCAUGAGGAGCAGAUCCUCCUCUAUAAUGCCAAGAAGUUGCUGGGUUUCUUGUUCGGCGUCGGACUAGCGGUUGCGCACGUUCAAUCUGGAGCCUAUGGCAGUCCUGCCCAACUUGGAGUCCUCAACACCGUUCUCGUCGUCUGUCAACUCUGUCUCGCCACUGUUAUUAUGUUGCUGUUGGACGAAUUUCUUCAGAAAGGUUAUGGCCUGGGGUCUGCUACUUCUCUUUUCUCUGCGACCAGUAAAUGCGAGGAGAUCAUCUGCGAAAUAUUCAGUUCCCCGGUCGAAGGUACUAUUGUUGCUUCAUUCCAUCUGUCGGACUUGCUGGCUACGCUCUUCAUUUUCGCUAUUGUUGUCUACCUCCAAGAGUUCUAUGUUGCUUUCCCCUUGAAGUCAAAGAAGUGUGCCUACGGACAAGAAGGAGAGUUGUAUCGAGUAAAGCUAUUCUAUGCCUCCAGCAUGCCAGUUGUUCUGCAAUCUGCAUUCGUGUCCACUGUUUACUUUAUAUUUCAGAAGAUACAGAGGUGGUGCAAUGGAAAUUUGAUUGUUGAUAUGCUCGGUACAUGGGAGGAGUCGGAUGGUGAAUUGGUUGCUGUUGGUGGGUUUGCUCACUAUUUCACUGCACCAACUAGUUUGGCGGAUAUGGCGGAAAAUCCUCUUCGUGCUCUGCUCUAUAUUGGGUUUAUGCUAUCCUUCUGUGCAGUGUUUUCCCAAACUUGGAUUGAAGUCUCUGGAUCAUCUGCUAAAGAUGUUGCGAAGAAGCUCAUCAAGGAUCGACAUACGAUGAUAAGUAGACGUGAAAAGAUGCUUUUACACAAGGAAUUGAAUGGCUACAUACCCAUCGUUGCAGCCACUGGAGGCAUGUUUAUUGGUGGGUUGGCGUUUUUGGCAGAUUUGAUGGGGACGAGCGCUUCAGGGACUGGAAUUCUGUCUAUUGUCACAACCAUAAGUCAGUGCAUCGAGACGUUUGAGAAGGAGAGGGCCAGUCUUUGA